AUGGCAGAAUACUGGAAAUCUACGCCCAAAUACUGGUGCAAACACUGCUCCGUCUUCGUCCGCGACACCCCUCUCGAGCGCAGAAAUCAUGAGUCGACCGCCAAGCACCAGGGCGCCAUCAAGCGCUCCCUGCGCGAUCUACACCGGUCCGCAGACCAACAAGAACGAGAAAAAGAGCGAGCGAGAAGGGAAGUCGAGCGGUUGAAUGGGGUUGUUUCUGGCUCUGGCUCAACAACACCAAGGGCCAGUGGGAGCGGGAGUGGUAGCGCUGGACAAAAAGGAGGACAUAAACCUGGUGGUGGAGCAGGAGGAGUCGGACCGACGGGUGCUAAUGCUGCUGCUGUCGGGUUAAGCGAUGCGGAAAGACAAAGGCAAUUGGAGCAGUUGGCUGAGUUGGGCGUGAAUAUCCCGACAGAACUGAGGGGGAGUAUGGCGUUGGCGGGAGACUGGGAGGUUACUAAUGUUAGGGUCGUCAAUGACGACGCAGAUGGCGCAGCGGCGGGUCAGAAUGCCGGUGCAGGUGGUGCAGGUGUGAUUCCUGUGGGAGCAGAGGGGAGAGCGGUAGGUGUAAAGAGGGAGAGGGAACGGACGGAAGAGGAGAAGGAACAGGAGGAGGCUAUCAAGGGAUUGUUUAAACGACCGAAGAAGUGGGGGGUGGGAAGCAAGGUGGCGAAGAUGGAGGAGGAUAAGGAGUUGGAAGAGUUGUUGAGUGGGGGGAUUCCACUUAGGAAGGAGGAGAAGGGAACCAUCAAGACGGAGGUGGAGCAGGAUGUCAAGAAGGAAGACGGAAAUGAAAAGGAUGGGGAGGUGAACGUUAAGAAGGAGGAGGACGGUGUACAAGGGGGUGUGAAUAAGGAAGAGAAUGCGGAUGCGGAGGAGGACAGCGCCAUUUCCAAGAUUCCGGCUAUCAAGAGUGAGCCCAGCGAGGCUUUGUCAGGAAUUGCUGAUGAAGUUGCCCCUCCGCUUGCUACGGGCGAGUCUGAUGUUGCGGCUGCGGCUGCGGACGCGGUUCCGGCUGUGGUGUUCAAGAAGCGGAAACCCAAGAAUAUCAGUGUGGCCUGUGACCGAGCUCUGAUUCACAUUGAAGACAAGAACAAUAAGCCGGGAACAAGGACAAGCUCUCGUACUUACCGUCUCGCGGCACAAGUUCCGAAGUCCGAACAUCGUCAUAUCGAGCAAUCCCGUUCUUUGUUGUUAAAACCCAAUGCCUCAACGAAAAGCACAAUGGAUACCAACGGACAAGUUACCCGCGGUAUCCAGCCGCAGGGCAGGGCAGACAAGGCUCACAAAGGCAUUUGA